AUGUUCAAAAAAUUGAUACGACCAUCCACAUUAUCAUCAUCAAUACGAGCGUUAAGUCAUAAGGUUCCAAGCUCAAGACUCACCAACAAAAGGUCCCCAUUUAUACUAUCAACUUAUUCGCAAAAUAAUCUUAAAUCAUCAUGUAAAUAUUAUAGCACCAAUUCAAAUUUAACAGAAGAACAAAUAGAAAUUUUGAACCAGGAACGAGCAAAAGACAACGUAGACGUUUGUAUAGUAGGAGCUGGCCCUGCAGGUUUAGCAACAGCAAUAAAAUUAAAACAACUAGACAACGAAAAAGGAAAUGGAGAUAAAAGAAUAAUAGUAUUAGAAAAAGCGGCAGAUUUUGGUAGUCAUAUUGUAAGUGGGGCAGUCAUUGAACCACAAGCAUUCAGGGAAUUGUUUCCCGAUGAUGAAAGAGAUAUCCCUUUACCUGAUGAUAUAAUUACUAAAGUUACUGAGGAUCAUAUGAAAUAUUUAACUGAAUCUGGAUCAUUCCCAUUACCUGAACCACCACAAUUAACAAAUGCUGGUAAAAAUUAUAUAACAAGUUUAAAUAAUGUUGUUAAAUAUUUAAGUGAACAAGCUGAAGAAAUUGGAGUUGAAUUGUACCCUGGUAUCUCAGUUAGUGAAAUUUUAUAUAAUGAUCCUAAAACAAAAGAUACUGUUAUUGGAGUAGCUACUCAAGAUAUGGGAAUUGAUAAAAACGGAGCACCUAAAGAUACUUUUGAAAAAGGUAUGGAGUUUAAUUCAAGAAUCACUGUAUUUGCAGAAGGGUGUCAUGGAUCAUUAACUAAAAAGAUUAUAUAUAAUUUUAAUUUAAGAGAAAAUUCCAAUCCACAAACUUAUGGACUAGGUAUAAAAGAAGUUUGGGAAGUUCCAGCUGAAAAUUUCAAAAAGGGGUAUGUGGGUCAUAGUUUAGGAUACCCAUUAACAAAAGAUUCACAAGCGUAUGGAGGUGGAUUUGUUUAUCAUUUCGGUGAUGGAUUAAUUUCCAUCGGUUUAGUCAUUGGAUUAGAUUACAAAAACCCAUAUAUUUCACCAUAUCAAGAAUUUCAAAAAAUGAAAAAACAUCCUUAUUAUGCUCAAUUUUUGAAAAAUGGGAAAUGUAUAUCUUACGCUGCUAGAGCUUUAAAUGAAGGUGGAUAUCAAAGUAUACCUAAAUUGUAUUUUCCUGGUGGGUUAUUAGUUGGUUGUGGAGCUGGAUUUUUGAAUGUUCCCAAAAUUAAAGGAACUCAUACUGCUAUUAAAUCUGGUAUAUUAGCUGCUGAAGCUAUAUUUGAUAGAAUUAAAGAUACUGAAGAAAUUGAAGAUGAAGAUGAAUUUUUGACAACUAUAACUGAAAAUCCUUUAGUUUUAUCAGAAUAUGAGACUUCUUUCAAAGACUCUUGGGCAUACAAAGAAUUAUACGAAGUAAGAAACGUAAGACCAAGUUUUAAUUCACCAUUAGGUACUUUAGGAGGAUUAGCUCAUUCAGGUUUAACAACAUUGAUCACAAAGGGGAAAGAACCAUGGACUUUAUCAUUCAAGCAUACAGAUUCACAAGCAACUGAACCAGCAUCCCAAUUCCAACCAAUAGAUUACCCUAAACCAGAUAAUGAAAUUACAUUUGAUAUUUUAACUUCUGUUUCAAGAACUGGUACGUAUCAUGACGAAGAUGAACCAUGUCAUUUAAGAGUUCCCAAUCAAGAUUUACAAAAACAUGCCGAAUUAAAUUGGGAAAAAUUCAAAGGUAUUGAACAAAGAUUUUGUCCAGCUGGAGUUUACGAAUACAUAGAAGAUCCCACAAAUGAGUUAGGAGUUAAAUUUCAAAUAAACUCGCAAAAUUGUAUUCAUUGUAAGACUUGUGAUAUAAAAGUACCUUCUCAAGAUAUUGAUUGGACUGUUCCUGAAGGUGGUGAUGGUCCUAAAUAUUAUAUGAGUUAA